AUGGCCAUUUACCAUACAGAGGUGAGUCCAGUACUGUUGAACCAGUGUGAGGCAUCCAAUCCCAAGGAAGUUGCUCUCAUUGGAUAUUACAUUGCACCCUUGCACAUUGAAUGGAGAGCGUCCCAAUGGCACAGUGUUCAAGAGUCCGACGAGGUUAUAGUGGUGUCGGUGCAAAAGAAUCCCUCCAAGGCGCCCGAGUCAUUGGACGAAGAUGAAGACAAUGAUGCUGAUGACACUGAAGACAGAGAGAACACUGUGGACGACGCAAUGGAGGAAGAUGACGAUGAUGAACGGGUCAAUAGCGAUGGGGCGAAUACGCACGAUGAGGCCAUGGACGACAACACGCCACCGUUGACUUCCCACAACCCCACGGCAACACAAGACUCAGCAGGUACGGGGAUCCUUAUGGAGCCCUCGGAAACAACCCCUCCUUGCGUUCAACGUCCACCAACACUUGCCGAACGGUUUUCUAACCUCAUUCAGGUGAAUAUAGCAGGGGUACCAGGCAAGUGUCACAUCUUUGAGACUACUUUCUCUGUGGACUAUCAAGGGUCGGAUUCAGGAACUGUGGCGGAUGCGCUCUUGUCGACAGUUCUGAAUUCUAUGGACGAAGCCAUUAACAAUUCCCCUCAUGAAUUGAAGCUCCUUCCACAUUGUUUCACUUGGAGGAUUCAUGCAAAGAGAGUUGAUCGCACUUUGAGGUCAAUUCUACAUCCAGCAACUGCAAAAUCUGACUUUCCAUUUGCCGCACCGGCCACCUACAUCAGUGAUUGGAAGUUGGCGCAACAAGGAUUGCUGAGUGUCAAGGCCUACGGUCCGGUGAAGGAUGCGAUCCUGACCUUGAUCAGUCAGUUACGGGAUUACUACAUUUUGACGGAGGUUCUUUAUCCAGGCAUCGACUUCACCGGAAUGUUCAAGUUUGCUACUACACGGUUGUACGGUUCUUGCACCCUGUUCAAACUGCUCUUGUCUAUUAAGGCCACUCUGGCCCAGGCUGAUCAAGCUUCCACAGCUGCCAAAGACAAACCCUCUCCAGCAACUGCCAACAACGACUCAUCUGAAGAGGAGGACGAUGAAACUCAAGAGAGACCGGGGUCUCUAUCCGGAGCAUUCACGAAGGUGACAAAGAAGAAGGUGAAGAAGAAGAAGAAGUUGCCCCUUUCCAAUAACCUCGAGAAUCAUUUUCUCAAAGAUCUGUCCCCGGCACAACGCAAACUGGCUGAAGCCACGGACCGCAAACUUCAGAACAAUAUUGAUCGCCAUAAAGCAGGUCCACUCUUCUUGAUGAUCCUUCCAGUAGAAAUGGAAGGCUCUUACAUCUUUGUAUGUUGCAAGAAAUACGAAAUCCAGUCGACGCGUCGUAAGUUUCUGGUAUGGUGCACCAACACACUACGCGCUAUUGAGGCCUCCGAUCAGUCGACCAAGGUGGAGGAAGCACUGGAGUUUUUGGACGAUGUGAUCGAAGACACCACCGAUGUUUACCAAGGUCAACUCUUGAUUGACAUGGAUAUGGCGAACGCCAAGGAUAUUGACGAUGGACAAACGGUCACGGGGAUGCUUGAUGAAAUGCAAGAACGUGAACAACAAGUGGAAGAUGCCUUUGUGGACAUUUAA